AUGCCGCCCCGCAGAUCAAGAAGAGCAGAGGAGACCACUCUGAUACCCACCCAAACACAAAGACCCAGACAAGAUGAUACACCCGAGGAAGACGAGGAUGUUGACAUGGAGGAGGCAAUCAACCAGGGCAGCGGCAGCGUUGACCAGCUGGCAAAGGGCUUGGUGCGAUAUGCCUUGUCGUGCGAACAUUCACGGAAGCCUAUAAAGCGCCAAGAUAUCAACGAGAAGGUACUCGGCUCACAUACUCGACUGUUCAAAGAUGUCUUCGCGCAAGCAAACAGCCAGCUCAUGGACGUCUUCGGCAUGCAGUUCGUCGAACUCCCCAGAGCGGAAAAGGUGACACUGCGACAGAAGCGCGCUGCCGCCGCCUCUGAUUCCCAAAGCAAGACGACAAGUAUCUGGGUCCUGCAGACCAUCCUACCCGACCAAUACCGCCUACCAGAAAUCGUCGGCCCCUCGCGACCAACCGGAGAAGAAGACAUAAGCCGAGAAGACUCGUACGUGGGACUGUACACCAUGGCCAUUGCCCUCAUCACAAUAUCCGGCGGUAUAAUUCCAGAAGGCAAGCUAGACCGCGCCCUACGACGCAUGAACGCAGACCAGACGACGCCCGUUGGCACCAAGGAUAAGACGCUCGCGAAUAUGGUCAAAGACGGAUAUAUCGUAAAGGUCAAGGAUACGGCCAACGGGGGCGAGGAGACGGUGGACUACAUUGUUGGGCCUCGAGGCAAGGUUGAAGUCGGACGAGAUGGCGUCGCGCAGCUUAUACGCAUCAUGUUUGGCGUUAGCGAGGAUGUCGACGAAGUCGAGAAGCGUAUAGAGAGGACACUGCAAGUGGCUGGGGCCCAUAACGACGGUGCGCCGGCGGUCGAGGCGGCGCCGGAUGCAUCGCAGGCGAACGGACGGAAACGUGGGCGGCCGAGGAAUGAAGCCGAUGAGUAG